AUGCCCCUAUGCAACCUUUGCAGCUCCAUCUCUUGGGAAGAUCUCCCUCCCUUCCCAAAUGAAGACUUUAUGAAGACGUUGAGCGGCUAUCCACGGUUCCAUCACCUGGUGUUGAAGAGUCAUUUGCUUGAGAAAGACACGCCUAUCAAAAAGUUUGGCGUCCAGUAUCAUGCCAGCCUGGAAAGUCUUCGUCAAGCCGCUUCUGGCGGAUGCGAGCUCUGCCAAGUCAUCGAGAAAGAAGCCGAUGCACUGAUAGAGGAGAUUGCAGGCCUUCCCGAGCCAAGACACGGUGUGAUGCAGACCGAGCCCAGCUGGGAUAUGUGGUUGACGAAGCGCUCGGAACCCAAAGUCUCCGGCGAUGGAUUCUGGGUCGUGAAUAGAAGCUCUUGGGAGAGUGACAAGUGGCUAAUCCCCAUCGCGUCCAUUGGCUUCAGUUCCGACGAAGAUGAUCCUCGCUCUGCCGGCUCUUCCGAUCGUGUGUUGAGAGAGGUCCCAGACGAGACAACACUCCGCCGAGCCGUUGAAUGGCUCGAAACGUGCAACGGCCAUGAGUAUUGCAGCACUCAUGGGAAAUCUCCUCUGCCGAGUCGUCUCCUCGAAGUUGGAACUUUCGAAUCCGAACCCAUCAUCAAACUCGUCGAGCCAGACGCUGGUCUUUUCGAUCGGUAUAUCACUCUCAGCUACCGCUGGGGCCAAGAGUCGAAGCACUUCACAACCACCAGUGAGACGCUGCAAGCCCGCAAAGAAGGCAUCUUGAUGGAACACCUGCCACAGACUCUCCAAGAUGCAGUUUUCAUAACUCGAACACUCGGAGUACGGUACCUAUGGAUCGACAGCCUGUGUAUUUGCCAGAACGAUCUGAAAGACUGGGAGCGAGAGUCAGCUCAAAUGGCCGCAGUCUACUCCAAUUCGUAUCUGACUCUUGCAGCCACGAAAUCCUCUGAUGUUAACGGAGGCCUUCUCUCUCCUCGAAAGAAAAGAUCAUACAUAAGGCUCCCUCGGGGAAGUUCAAGCAACGAAGACCAGGUCGUGCUUGCUUCUAUACUACCUCUACACAAAGAAAUCAUCCACGAGUACCACCUGAAGAUGGAAGAGGAGCCUCUGACGAAAAGAGCUUGGGUUUUCCAGGAACGCGUUCUUGCGCGGAGAAUACUACAUUUUGGGAGCGAGCAAAUGUACUGGGAAUGUCUCGAAGGUUUUCAAGCCGAAGAAGGCCUCAAACUCCCGCACCGACUUCCUUGUGUCAAUCCUGACCCGGACGUCAUAGCUCACGUGGAAAAGCGUGCCGAGGAGCGAGCAGAACAGCACAAAGACUUCAACCGCUCUGCAUCUUCUCUGAAGUCUUGGCCUCGCAUUUUGUGUGAGUACGGCCCCCGAGAGUUGACAAAUCCUGCAGACAAAUUGCCUGCAUUCUCCGGCGUGGCGAAGACUUUUAGCAAGAUACUCGACGAUGAGUAUCUAGCUGGAUUAUGGCGAGGGUCUUUGAUCGAGGGGUUGUGUUGGCAGCCACUGAGCUGCAAGCCCGCUUCGGGAGGUUAUCGCGCUCCAUCCUGGUCCUGGGCCUCAGUCGACGGUAUCCCCGGGACAGGAUUUGUGGGGGAGAUCGAACCUCUUGCCACGAUCCUCGAGGCCAAGGUCGAAAUUGACGGCGAAAACCCCUUCGGUCGCGUCAAGGACGGCUGGAUCAAGCUCGAGGCUCCGCUUGUCAAGAUGGUCGUGUCUGACAACAAAGGCCCAACGGGACACAUCCUCCUGAGAACUGAGAAGGGCGAGACUGACUUGUACGCAAUGCUGGACACGAUUGACCGGGACUAUGCUGCCAGCGCGAAGCUGCUCAAGUCGAUGGACCUGCGGGCUGUGGUUCUGGCUUUUACUUAUGGAACUCCUUUCGAGGCCGAUCCCGAGCGGAAGCACCCCUGUGCACAAGCCCUUCUUGUGAUCCCAUCCGAAGACCGGCCGGGUUGUAUGAAGAGAGUCGGGAUGCUAGUAGGGGGCGGAGCAGCCUUUGGAGCAGACCUGCUAGCUUCUGUGAGGUCUACCACCACCCUGAUCUAG